GAGUGCGGAGAGGUAUAGGCGCGCUGUGAUACGGCCCUAUAUAUUCGCCGACAGGACUAUAUUCCUUUUAAAGACAACCUCCUCCUUGCGUUGGUUUCCACUCAGUGAUGUCGCGUAUUUGUGUGGCGCACCUGUAAAGAGCGAGACAGGCAGAAGCCGGCUUUUUUAAUUAUUUGAUUCCUUUUAUUUCUUCUGUUCCCUUUUUUUCCUUUUGUUCCAUGCAUUUGCUGAAAGGAAGUCAUUUCUGUGUUUUGAUUUAAUAAAUAUUUCAUUUCCUCAUUUUAUCUUGUUUGUGUUGGCUUUUUAUGUUUCCAAGUUUGAACUAAAGACAGACCGGAAUUUCAUCCUUUUACGAGCUAUUGGCCAGGUGUUUCAUUCAGAGAUUGUUUUUUGUUUUUGCCUAAAGGACGUCCCUAACUUUCAUUUGUAGAAACGACGGCAACUCCAAACUAACAUGGCAGUCAGACUGUGCGAUGUGGCUUCUCUGCUUAGAAGUGGUUCGUGGGCGCCUGAGCCUUGGACUGGGGUAAUUGCUGCCAUGGAAACACAGCUGUCCAAUGGGCCAACUUGUAACAACACGAGCAACGGUCCCUCAACAAUCUCAAACAACUGCUCCUCACCUGUAGAGUCAGGGAGCAUAGAGGACAGUAAAACUAACUUGAUAGUCAACUAUCUGCCUCAGAACAUGACCCAGGAGGAGCUGAAGAGUUUGUUUGGGAGCAUCGGAGAAAUUGAGUCCUGUAAACUAGUUCGAGACAAAAUAACAGGGCAGAGCCUAGGCUAUGGAUUUGUGAAUUACGUGGACCCGAAGGACGCAGAAAAAGCUAUCAACACCCUAAACGGCUUGAGACUUCAGACCAAAACCAUCAAGGUUUCCUAUGCGCGUCCAAGCUCCGCCUCCAUCAGAGAUGCAAAUUUGUACGUCAGCGGCUUGCCAAAAACCAUGACUCAGAAAGAACUGGAGCAGCUCUUCUCUCAGUAUGGACGCAUCAUUACCUCACGCAUCCUGGUGGACCAGGUGACCGGCGUUUCCAGAGGGGUCGGUUUCAUUCGUUUUGACCGGCGAGUUGAGGCCGAGGAGGCCAUCAAGGGCCUGAACUGCCAGAAGCCGCCUGGCGCUACCGAGCCCAUUACGGUGAAGUUUGCAAACAACCCGAGCCAGAAGACCAGCCAGGCACUGCUGUCUCAGCUGUAUCAGUCUCCCAAUCGAAGGUACCCAGGACCCCUCGCACAGCAGGCACAACGCUUCAGGUUGGACAAUCUGCUGAACAUGGCGUAUGGAGUCAAAAGCAGGUUCUCCCCCAUGGCCAUCGAUGGGGUGACCAGCCUGGCCGGCAUCAACAUCCCUGGACAUGCAGGCACUGGCUGGUGUAUCUUCGUCUACAAUCUGGCUCCGGACGCCGACGAAAGCAUCCUCUGGCAGAUGUUCGGUCCGUUCGGCGCCGUCACAAACGUCAAGGUUAUCCGUGACUUCAACACAAACAAGUGCAAAGGAUUUGGUUUUGUCACCAUGACCAAUUACGACGAGGCAGCCGUGGCCAUCGCCAGUUUGAAUGGAUACCGCCUCGGAGACAGAGUUCUGCAAGUGUCGUUCAAAACCAACAAAACACACAAAGCCUAAUACCCGCCGAGAUUGUUUCUAGAAAACUCACCAGAAAAAUGGAAGCAGAAAAUGGAAGCGUAUCGACCGUAACUUUCUACAUUAGUAAAAAAAAAACAGCUUUGUAAAUCAGUGUUGCGAAGAAAAACGAUAUUUAGCGUCCAAUGUGAUUUUUUUCUUUUUUUUUUCCUUUCUUUCAUUGCUACGCUUUGAAUCUUCUUAAUAUACUUUAAAACAAGAAAAAAUACUGCAGGUUUUACUGCCUGUGAUGUUGAAUUCUCUUGCUGUCUUUACGGAUGGACCAUUUAAAACGUUACUGUAGGUUUUUGUCAUUUUGUUGCACAUCUGCUUCGAAAACAGUAAGUCUUGUAAGGUUAUGUGUAGUGAUUUUCUUUGUACUUUUGUGUCCUGAUUUACCAUAGGUGCGUUAUGCCUUCAGUGGUUAGCAAGUACUUAUUUUUGAACUAUUUGCGGUUUUUGUUGAUUUUGUAAGUUUAUUGUAAUAUCAGUUGGUUAUCGGUUGGCUGCAUAAAACUUAACGGAUUAAAAAAAAAAAGAAAAAGACAAAAAAAAUUCUUAAAGCAGUACCUUGCCAAAGAGCUAAGAACCUCUUUGAUGUGGGUUUAAAAAGCAUCUAUUUUUAUAAAAAGAAAAUUUGGAGAAACUUUUUACUGGACCUGGAACAAAAUAUUUUGACUUGGAUACUUUGAGAAAUAUCUUCAUAUGACACCUUGUGAGCUUUUGAACUUUACAAGAAAGUUUGCAGUGGUUGAAAUUUCUGGAGAGAUUUAUGAUGUUAAAAGAUACCUUUUGAGAUCUUUGUAUUAUCUUUAGAUUAUAGAAUCAGUGGCAGUGCUGGUUUCAUUUGUAAAAUCUGUGGAUCCCCCCGCCGUCAUCCCGGUUGUUUCCGACUUGAUUUGGAAAACAGGCGAAAACUACAAAAAGGUUCAUUUGCAAAAAAUGCAUGCAAAAAUUAUAACGUGGAGCUAUCUUAAAAGGUAAACGGGGGGGGGGGGGGGGGGGGUGUUUAAAAAUCUAUUCUUCCUCUUAAGAUUCCCUUCAGAUGGAGCUCAUGGUGUUUUGUGGUUGUACCUACAAUAUAUCAUUAGACAGAUUUUGUCUUAAUAUCAGCCAAUAAGGGUUUUUACAUACUUGGAUAGAUUGAGGACAAGCCAAUGAAGGCAGCAGUUUGAAUGGAAAAAAUAAAAAAGAACAGAACAGAUUCCUCCUGAGCUUUGAGCUAUGUAAAUAAGUCCUUCCUUAUGUUGAGUAUUUGGAAGACUUCUUUUGGUUCUCGUUUGGACUUCAUUGGAAAGUGUGAUAAUUAUAUAUAUCGUUUUCUUUUCACGGAGUAUGUGAGGUACCUUUUUUUGGAAUAUUUACCCUUUUCUGUUUCAGUUUGCCUUUAGUUUAAACUACUUGAUUUGUUGUCCUAUGGACUAGCAUUACAGUGCAUCAAAUUAGUUGGUUGUUUGGUCUGUAGAUAGUCUUGCUUCGUUAAAAAAAAAAAAAAAAAAAAGGUAUUAAGAAACUAUAGACAUUUGUUUUGUUUUUUAUAUAUAAACAUUAUAGAUAUAUAUUUAUGUGGUAAAGAAUGGAUAUAAACCACAGUUUUGAACUAUUUGAUUACUUUUUUUCAUACUCAUAUAUAUACAUAAUGCAUAUAACCUGUCUUUAAAAUCGUAAAAAAGGUGUAUAUUGCUUUAUUCACUUUGGGGGAAGGACAGCGAAGCAGUUCCAUUCGAUUGGUUGCGAAAGGCUUGUUAAAACAUCUUUAACUCGUCUAGAAACAAACGAAGGCCGAUCGAGCCUUAGAUUCACUGAAUCCUGCACCUGCAUCCUGCUUGGUAUUUCAACCGAUUACUAGUCAUGCCUCCCCUUAAAUGAGCAGUGUGCUAUGCAUUAUAUAAUUAUCUUUGCGACUGCUUUUUCUCGUUUUAUCUAUUCCUUCUUUGUGUUUACUUGUACGAGUUAAAACUUUAAGUCUAGAUGAGUUGUGAUACUUGCUGCUGUGGGGUCGAGACGACAUUUUUUAUGCCUGACCCAUCAUCGUCAAAAACAACUUAUUUUCUUUCUUGUAAAACCUCAUGAUAAUUUGGUCUUGGCAAAGUUGUGCUAACGGUCCGGCAUGAAGAAAUGUUCUCUCCCAACCUCACUUAUCUCAGUUCUUAAUAUGAGAAUGAUUAUUUAUUUGAAGUUGUAUAGUCUGACUUGGUUCACAGCAUUUUUGGAAUAGAAUAUCUUUUUGUUGAGUAUUUAAAAAGGAUGUACAUGUUCUUUACUUUGUGUUUGGAUACUUUGGAUUUUUUCCAUGUUCAGUACAUCAAUAAAUAAGUUGAAGGGCAA